AUGACUGCCAAACCUCACGUCGGCCUCAAGGCCGCGGUGGUUGCAACUCUCGCCACCGUCGCCAGCGGUCACUCUUGGAUCGAGCGUGCCUACAAGGUCCUUCCCAACGGCACCAUGGUUGGAGCUGAAGGAUACGCUCGAGGCUGGGUUCCUCGCACUUCUACUAAUCCUCCCUUCCAGGACACCAUCCCUCAGUGGAUUCUCCCCGCUGCUGGCCAGAGUGCUUAUUCUGGGGAUGAGGUGCUGAACAAGUACAAGAUGGAUGAGAACCCUCCCUUCCCUAUGUUGGAAGCCGCUCCGGGCGACCACAUAGCCAUUAUCCAUCUUGAGAACGGUCACACCACUCUUCCCCAGAAUCAGCCCAAGAAGCCCCUGAACCGCGGUACUGUCUUCCUCUACGGCACCAGCCAGCCCAAGGAGAGCGAGCGUCUCUUUGAUGUCCACCUUGUUUGGAACAAGAAGGGCACUGGAGGUGACGGUCGCGGCGUCCUCCUGGCUACCCGCAACUACGACGACGGCCAGUGCUACCAGCCAAACCCCGGUCCCAUCAGCACUGAGCGAGCUGCCAAGCUUGCCCCUGAGGGAGCCAAGCAUGAGGUUGAGCUUGGAUGCCAGUCCACCCUUCAGCUGCCCAGCGAUCUCAAGCCUGGUUCCAUCUACACCAUCUACUGGUACUGGGACUGGCCCGAUCUGAACGCCGACAACAUCAACUUUGAUGCCACCACCAACGGCCUCUACCCUUGGGCUGGCACCUUCAUGCGCGGAGAAAAGGACCCCAACGGCUUCACCAUGGCCGCCAUCGCCAAGAAUGAGAGUUAUGCUAGCACCAUAGACAUCAAGAUCACGGGUGACUCUUCUGCCAAACACGCCAACCUCAUGAGCGAGUUCCUCGAUAAUCAAGACAUUUACACCAAAGCCAUCAAGUCUCAGAUGGCCAGCAACUUUGAGGUCAACGUUGACGCCAACGGCGCCAACGACAGCCCGAGCUCAGCUCCUGUCGCUCCUGUCGCCCCUCCCGCUCCCUCUGCAGUUGCUCCUCAGCCCUCCCAAGUGGCUCCCACUGCGGUUGUUCCUCAGCCCUCCCAGGUGCCACCCACCUCGGCAGCUGGCAAGAAGACCACCGCUGAACACACCGUCACUCGCCUAGUCACUGCCGAGCCGUCAACCGUCUGGAAGACACUCUACAGAACUGUGUCGGCUGACCAGGGACCGGCAACCUCAGCCUCGCCAACUGUGGAGCAGCCUCGUCCCACCGUCUUCAAGACCAUCACGAUGCAUGUCCCGGUUGCCGUGGCUUCGCCUGCGACCUCGACAACCACAAUCACCACAACCACAACUUCGACCAGCACCAGCAGGGUUCAUCACUCUGCUUCCACCGUCUUCAUGACCAUUACGAAGCACGUGCCCGCUGCCACGCCGCCAAGCGACAGUCCAGUUGAGGCGCCGACCUCGACCCUGUCGAGCUCGCGCUCCAGCGUCGAGCCCAUCGACAACCGUCCAACCGUGACGCCCUUCAUGCCCAUCGUCGCUAGGCGCAACUGGGCUUUCGGCCACCAUUAA